AUGGAUCUGCUCAUCGAGUUUGAAUGGAAAGAGCUGGACGAUACAAAAGAGUGCGUUAGUCAUGAAAAGACCGAAAAUUGUAUUUUGGUAUUGUUUUUGGAGAGUCACCGCAACCGCCCGAACCGUAUCCAUUCAGACCAAUCCAUGCUUUCCGCUGGCCACACGCCAAGCUCAUGCCCAAGCAUCGAUCCCUCCAAUGAUCGCGCAACUGCAGCCACUGUAUACUAUAUUCACACUGGGCACGGCAAGAAAGACCGCGGUCUGAUCGAGCCAGUAAGAGCAGACCAUGUCUGCCUCCUGAUUGCUAGGAGCUGCUAUUCGCAGCUCUUCCUCUGCCCACAGGAGCUCAAAACGGCGUAG